AUGGAAGCGGAGGAUCGCAGCGGGCGGAGGCGGGCCGCUAGGCUGUGGGCUACACUGGAGGACGAGCGGCGGCUGGAGGAGGCUGUGCUACGGGCAGAAAAAAACAAAAAACGGAGAGAGUUGGAGCUGGAGCAAGGGAAGAGGCUGGCGGCCGAGUUGGCGAGGCUGAACCACGAAAAGCUUAAAGAUGAGAAAAUGAGGCAACAAGUAAGACAGAACAGUCCUGAACUUCGAGAGUUAGAAAAAAUGCUCAAAGCUGCUUAUCUGAAUAAAGAGCGAGCCGCACAGAUUGCUGAAAAAGAAGCUAUGCAGUGUGAGAUAAUGAAACAAGAGAAUGAAAUAGCCCAGAAGAUGAAGGAAGAGGAUGAAAGAAUAAUAAAAGAACAAAGUUCUGCACAACAGAGGCGAAAUGAGGAGAAAACAAUGUAUCACCAAGAACUGGAGAAACAGCUUGAGGAACAAGAGAGGAAGAAACAGGAUGCAUAUGAAGAACUUCUAAAAGAGAAACUUGUGAUUGAUGAAAUUGUACAAAAGAUCUAUGAGGAAGACCAAAUGGAAAAACAACUGAAGUUAGAUAAAAUGAGAGCAAUUCAAACAUAUAUUGAAGAAUUUAAAAAAGAACAACUUCUCUGGAGGAGAAGGAAACAGGAAGAGAUGGAGGAAGAAAAUAGGAAAAUUAUGGAGUUUGCCAACCUUCAGCAACAAAGAGAAGAAGAUCGGAUUGCUAAAGUUCGAGACGCUGAGGAGAAAAAACAAAGACUUCAAAGCAUGAUUGCCCAGAAUCUGGAAAGAGAACAACAGAAGCAUGAAGAACUGGAACAAAUCCGCCAAGAGCUGUAUCUGGAAGAGCAAGCAGAGACAGAAAGGAAGAAGGAGAUGGCAGAAAUUGAAAAGAGAAUAAGGCAACGCCUAGACUUAAAGCAAAUAUAUGAAGAGCAAUUCGCUUUAAAGAGGGUAAUGCAACAAGCUAUGCAGGAAGAGGAAGAAGCCUUCAGACAACAGAUGUUGGCUAAGCUUGCAGAGGAUGAUCGCAUUGAACAGAUGAAUGCUCAGAAACGAAGAAUGAAACAGCUUGAACAUGGAAGGGCUGUAGAAAAACUUAUUGAAGAGCGUCACAAGCAGCUGACAGCAGAGAAAGAGCGUGAACUUGAAGAAAGACAGUUAGAGGAAAGAAGAGAAGCAGAAAAGCGUGCAAUUGUUGAAGAGGAGAGACGGAAACUCUUGAAAGAGCAUGCAUCUAAAUUACUGGGUUAUCUUCCUCAAGGAAUACUCAAAGGCGAAGAUGAUAUUAACAUGCUUGGAGAGGAAUUUAGAGUGGCUUAUCAGAAGAGGAGAGGUAAUGCCUUUUCAGGAGAGCACUGAAAUUUCCCCCAUCUCAUU